GUUUUUCAAGAAAUUUUUGUGAAAUUAUGAUUACGUAUAUGUAAUAAAACAAACGCAUAGUUUUUUAUCUUUAUUAAUAAUUAAUAAUUAUUACAUUUAAUAAAAAUGGAUUCAAAUAAUGAAUUUUCUAACAAUAAUUGUAAAGUUGUAAUUCCAGAAACAUCAUUUUCUGUAAAAGUUACAAAUAUUAAGAAUCCAUAUUGCAUAAGAAUAUAUGAAACCAAAAAUUAUAUUAAAAAAUCUAGUCUUAUCACUACAAAAUUAGUAAAAUAUAUGAAAAAGGAAAAUUUGAAUUCAAAGAAUAAUGAUGAACUAAAUUUAGGAGAUCUUGUCAUUGUUCAUGGUAAAGUAAGUCAAAACGUGGAUCUUCCAGCAUGGUUUUGCAGAGGAAUAAUUGGCCACUUUAAUCCUACGACUAUGACAUAUAAUGUUCUUUUAAUAGAUCAUGGAAUUUCAGUGACAUUAUUAAAAGAUGAUUUUAUUUCUUUACAACAUGAUAUUAUAUCUGAUAAGUAUUUAACAUCAGUUAUUGGUAUAUAUAACAUAAUACCUACAAUUAUUAAAAAGAAAGAGUCUACGAAUGAAUUUAUACAAUUUGUAACAAAUAAAUGGACAAACAAAGCUAUAAAAUUUAUAAAAGAAUUAAUUAUUGGAUCUAGUAUAAUAUAUUUUGACAGUCUAGUCUGUGAUGAGUAUGGAAAAUAUUAUGGAGAGUUAUAUCUUGUUAUAAAUAAUGAAAUAAUAUGUUUAAGUAAAACUCUAACUGAAAAUGGAUAUGCAACUUAUCUAAAAGGAGAUUUAUUAAAAUUAAUAAAGGAACCAAAUAGCAAGUUCAAAAAAGAAUCUGAGAAUAAUAUUACUACUUAUUAUAUACAAAAAGUAAAUGAUAGUAAUUUACACAAAAAUAAGGAUUAUAUGGUAAAUUUAAGUACAUGUCAUUCUAGAGAAAGCAAUCCUGAAUAUAAAGAAAGGUUUCAUGAAAAAUGUUCAGAUGCAAUAAUAGAAAAUCGUACACGUAAAGUAUUAGUAUACAGCAAUAUAUUAUGUAAAACUUUGAAUUUUGUUACCGAUGCUCAAUUUCCUGCAAAGAUACAUAAGGCUUGGGAUUCAUUAGUGCAAUCAAGUAAACCUAAGAAGAUGCAAUCAUAUAUCUGGCCUGCUAUAAAGCAAAAGCUAGAUGUGGUUGCUAUUGGAACUAAAGAUUCUGGUAAAACAUUCGGAUACAGUUUUGCUAUUACUGGUUUACUUGCUGCACAAGAUUCGUUGCCCGAAGGAAAUAAACCAUCAGUAUUAAUAUUAUGUGCAUCAUCUUCAGAAGCAUUCAGUGUGCAUUCACUUUUCUUGGAAUUUUUGCAAAGUUAUGAUAAUAUUAACACAAUUUUAGCCUUUACUGGAAAAUCGUACAGGUCAUUGGCGGCUGAAAUAUACAAUGGAUGUCAGAUAUUAGUUUCAACACCAAGAUUCUUAGCAAAAUUUAUGAGAACAUACAAAGAUUUGUUAAAUUUUGACAGUCUUUGUCAUUUAAUUCUUGAUAGUGCAGAUGUGAUAUUAGAUAAAUAUUAUGCUUCUAUAGUGGAAUUAUUUGGAAAACAUAAAAUAAUUAAAAAUAGAGAGAAUCAAAAUGACGAAUUAUUUCCACUACAAAUAAUCUUUGCUGCGAGAUAUUUCACAACACCGAUAAGAACACUCGUUCAGAAAGUUAUGUAUAAUCCAUAUAUAUGUAUUACUUCAUUCCUAGAAGCAGUAAUAUUUAAAUCUGUUCAACCAAAGAUGUAUCUUAUAAACUCAAAAUUUAAACUUCAAAAGAUUUUAGAUGUAUUGGAUAAUGAAAACAAGUUAAAAACUAUGAUUAUAUGUACAACUAUCGAUGAAGCAGAAGAAUUAAACGCGUUUUUAUUGAAACAUAAACAAAUACUUCUAGCACAUGAGAAAAAGCAUCUAUUUGAAAUACAAGCUAUUAAAGAAGUAUGGGAAAUAUCUAUUCCUGGUCAUUAUCCUAUUAUAAUAUCUACUGAUGAAGUUUUAUCUGAUUUAAAUAUUACAGAUGUAGAUUGGUUAAUACAUUAUUCUGUUUCAUUACAUGUACAAACAAAAUUUAAUUUCAGAUUUUCAACUCUUAUGAAUAACUUACAAAAGAAAACAACUAAAUGUAAAGUUACAAUAUUUGUAAAUGAAAAUGAUAAUAUACAAUUUUUAAGUAUAAUUAAUAUGAUGAAACGAAUGGGUGUAGUGCUAUCAGAUGAUGUAUUAUUUAAUAUUGAGCGUAUAUCUAUGUCAUUGGAUAAAUGUAAAAAGGAAUAUCCUAUAUGUGACAAAGUGAAAUCAUUAGGAUUUUGUCCAAACAAAAGUUCUUGUGUAUUUAGACAUUGUAUUCUUCCCGACAUUGAUACACCAAUGACAGAAAUAGAAACAGGAGAUAAAGUUAAAUUUAUAAUUACGUAUAUACAUAAUGCAAGUCAUUUUUCAGCCAGAGUGGUAGAAUAUAUAAAAGCAAGUACUUUGGAAAAGAUAGAAUUUUCAAAAAAUGAGUAUAUUAUGCUUACAUCAAAAAUUCAAAAUUUUUAUGGGAAUAUUGAUAACAGGAGGAGAUCUGUUAACGUUAAUGUAGGAGAUAUUUAUGGCUUAGAAGACUCAAUAGAAAGUUUUAAAAGAGUACAAGUCUUACAAAUUAAAGAUGGAAAAAGCAAUCAUUUUGAGAGUAUGGAAAUUGCAGAUGUAAGAUGUAUUGACACUGGCAAUAUAUUAAAUGAUAUUAAGGUACAAAAAUUAUUAUGGUUGCCAGAAGAAUUAUCUAAAUUGCCAGCACAUAUAGUAGAAAUUUUUUUAGUUGGCAUAGCUCCAUGUGAUGAUGAAUAUGAAUGGAAUAAUUGUGCUAAUGAAAUUGCUUAUGAUUGGUUUGUCAAGAAUUUAAAUCAAUAUUCAUAUAUUAUUGGGGAGGUUUCUUUACAUUUGAGUAACAUAAUUUGGGCAAAUACUCUUGAAAUUGGUACAAAGAUGAUUGGACGAUCCGAUAUAGUUGGUCUUAAUUUAAAAACUGAACUUAUAAAUAAACAUCAUGCUGCUGUUAAUAAAGAUCAUAUGCAAAAUAUAUAUACGUUGUGUAAAAAAGGUGGGUUAAUCAAGAACAACAAAUGUGAUUCAGAAUAGUUGAAAUUUUUAUAA